ACAAGAAGAUCCUGGAACUCAUGUCCAACAUCAUCCAGCUGCUGACUGGAGAGGUUGCCAUAAGGACUCAUCAUGUUUCCAUCUAUUUUUCCUUGGACGAGUGGGACUAUAUAAAAGGAAACAAGGACCUUUAUGAGGAAGGGAUAAAAGAGUCGGCUCAGAAGCUCCACCCACUAGAAUAUGAAGAUCAGAGCAAUAUUACAGCUAAUCUGGAAUGUUAUAAUAAUAAGUCAAGCAAAACUGGGGCUGUUUGUUGUGCAGACGAAAACCUCACAAACCCUAAACCUUCUCCAAUUAAACAGCCCCAACCAAAAAAUGGUAUUAAAGAGGAAGCAAGUUCAUGUGAUUUGAUGUGCAUGUCUCAACCAAAAAUACAUAUCUUACAUGGAAGGACUGGCUGCUGUGAGCUGGAUGAAGCCAUUAGCAAGAACAAAGUUGUUGUUAAAGAUCAGAACUCUUCUAAGAAGGACAAGAAACCAUUAUCCUGUACCGAUUUUAGGAAAUGUUUUAAAAAAGGCUCCCAGGGUACUUUGCAUCACGGCAGACAAAGAGGGAAAAUGUUUUGCUGCUCAGAAUGUGGAAACUGUUUCUCGGAUCAGUCACAGCUUCAUUCUCACCAGAGAGUUCACAAGGGAGAAAGACCAUUUUUACGUUCCCAAAGUAGAAAACCUUUUAGGCAAAAGUCAAAUCUUCGUUUGCAUAAAAGAAUUCCCGCUGGAAAGAAGCAACUGUUUUGUGCUGAUUGUGGAAAACAUUUUAUGUUUCAUUCUCUUCUUGUUGCGCAUCAGAAGAUUCACACAGGGGAGAAGUCAUUUUCUUGUUCUGAAUGUGGCAGACGUUUCACGCAAAUCUCUGGCCUUAUUGUACAUCAGAGAAUUCACACCGGGGAGAAACCAUUUUCUUGCUCUGAAUGUGGCAGAAGUUUCACGCAAAUGUCCGGCCUCAAUGCCCAUAAAAGAAUUCACACCGGAGAGAAACCAUUUUCUUGUUCUGAAUGUGGCAGAUGUUUUACUCAAACCUCCGGCCUUAACGCUCAUAAAAGAACUCACACCGGGGAAAAACCCUUCUCUUGUGCUGAAUGUGGCAAGCGUUUUAUGCAAAUUUCAGGCCUAAAUGCCCACAAAAGUACUCACACGGGGGAAAAAACGUAUUGUUGCUCUGAGUGUGGCAAAUAUUUUGCACGACACACAACCCUUCUAGCACAUCAAAGAAUCCACAUGCGAUAGAAAUCAUAUAUUUUUAUAUAUAUGUGGAAAAAGCUUUGCACAGAGCUCCGACCUUAUGGUACAUUAGGGUUGCCACCUGGCAGAUAUUUUACCGGCCUGACCAGUAAAAAAGGUGGCUGAUCCCAAUGUUAUUAAUAAGGAAAAAUUAUAAAUAUAUAAGAAGGCCGGUAUUUUUUUCCAGAAAAGUUGGCAACCUUAUGGUACAUAGAAAUAUUAAAAGCGAAGGAAAGCCGUUUCACACUUCCAUGUUAGGCACGCCCAAGUGAUUAUAUUGACUUACCUAAAACCCCAGGCUGGUGCUCCUUUCAGCAGAAAACUGCACCGGCCUGGGGUUCUACCAGUGAGCACCACAGAGCGAUCCUCUUCUGUCUUCUUCUUUCUACUCGCGGCUGCGCAUCAGAGUGAAAAGCCGAACUUUUAACUAAAAAGUCGAUUUUUCAUUCUACUGCACAUGCGUCUGCCCCGGGAAAUUUGAAGAAAGAAGACAGAAGUCUCAAUUGUAUAACCCCGGGCCUAACAUUUGCCGUGAAAACGACUUUCCUUCUCCUUUAACCGGUAAAAGGUUUUAUAAUAGGUUAUAACACAGAAAUAUUAAACUUAUUCUACACAUUUAUUAUAUACAUAGAAUCUGUAAUUUUUUGAAAUCUAGAUGUUUAUAAAAAGUCUUGCAGCAUUUCAUCAGUUACACACAGGGGUGUCUCUGGCCCUCCUGCAGUGUGAGGAUGCCGCCUACUUCUACAGCUGUGAAAGAGCAGAGAGCACAUAUACAUCUUCAAUGCCAGCACUGCCCAACUUUUACAUGUGGUGGGCCAAUUAUUUCUCAUAUAGAAUGUUUGAGGGCCAUAGUCAGUUAAAAUGUUGAUGUCAUGCAGUAAAGUCUAUAGAGCCUUUGAGUAGACUGGGGGCCAUUAAAAUCACUUGGAGGGCCACAUCCAGCCCUUGGGCCUCCAGUUGGACAGCCCAGCUAAUACAACCUCAUUUUUGGUAUUAAAGAUACCAAACCAAGAUCAGCAAGGUACUCCCCUUGCCUCAUUACAGAAGCAGCCCUGGUCACAUACAUGACAACAAGUAAAAUAGGAGCACAAGGUUCCCACAGACUGCUGUUGAAUUGUUUUUUAUAAGCCCAACCCAAGAAUUCUUGAGAAGUCAAGUGACGGUACUUCCAUAAAUGAAAUACGAUGACUUGUCCCAUAAGUGGUAAAACAUAAUAAAUAUUGGUCUCCCAAAAAAACACUUUUUAAACUAAGAUCACUCUGCGAGAGAUUAUUGUCAAGUUUUUUAAGAUUCCCUCUCCCCCAUUACUAGCACAUUAAUGAAAACACUUGAAUGGGAAUACUGUAAUUACAAAGAUUACAUCGUUCCAUUUAUUUUUAAUCAUUUGGAAAAUAAAAUAUCUCAAAAUUA